GGAACAGGAGCUGGAGAAACCACCGAGAUGUCAGAGACGUCCAGGUCGCGGUUCCUUCAUCACAACGGGCUGGGACGACUCCCCCGGUCCCGCUGGGACCCCCCACCCACCCGUUUGGGUCCCCAACUGCCCCCCGUGCAAUAUUUGGGGCGAAUCGGGAGGAUUUCCAUCUCCUACGGCUGCGCUCCCAGCGUGAGGAAACCGGAGCCCGCCAGAGCGCCCUCGGUUCCUGGAACAGCAACGCCCACGCGGGGCUGGUUGCCAAACAUUCAUGUUCCGCGUCCGUUGAGCAACGCGGAGGCCAUGGCCGCCGUCUUCCUACCGGGGAACCUCCAAGACGAAGCCACUUGCUCCGUGUGCCUGGAGUUCUUCAAAGACCCCGUGUCCAUCGAGUGCGGGCACAACUUCUGCCGCGCCUGCAUCGUCAAGAGCUGGAAGGACCUCGAGGCCGAUUUCCCGUGUCCGCAAUGCCGGGAGGUUUUCCAACAGCGGAGCUUUAGGCCCAACCGGCAGUUGGCCAACAUGGCCGAGAUCAUCGGCCAGUUCGCCCUGCGUGGGGCUAAAGGGGCUGAGGACGAGGGGCUGUGCCCCAAGCACCGCGAGGCGCUCAAGCUGUUCUGCAAGGACGACCGCAGGAGCAUCUGCGUGGUGUGCGACCGGUCCCGCGACCACCGCCCGCACGCCGUGGUGCCCGUGGACGAGGCGGCCGAGGAGUACAAGGAGAAGAUCCAGUGCCGCCUGGACGUGCUGAAGAAGGAGCGGCAGGAGCUGCUGGAGUUCAAGGUGAACGACGACAAGAAGACGCAGGAGCUGCUGCGAACCAUCGCCAGCGAGCGGCAGAAGCUGCUCCUGGAGUUCGAGAAGCUGCGGCAGUUCCUGCAGGAGCAGGAGCGCCUCCUGUUGGCCCAACUGGACAAGAUGGAGAGCAACGUCGGCCGCAGGCAGAACGACAACAUCACCGACCUCUCCAGGGAGAUCGCGCUCCUCAACAAGCUCAUCGCGGAGCUGGAGGAGAAGAUUCAGCAGCCCAUGCUUGAGUUCCUCAAGGAGCGACGACGUGCGGUGCCAAAAGCCGGUGCCAGUGUGCACGGACAUGAAAAUGCACGUCUGCAAUUUCUCCCUCAAGACCGUCGUCCUCGAGAAGGUCCUGAAGAAAUUCCGAGAAAACCUGCGGGAUGAGCUGGGAAGAGGCGAAAAAGAGGACCUGACCCUGGACCCCGACUCGGCCAACCACCUCCUCAUCCUCUCCGCCGACCUCAAGACGGUGCGGAUGGGCUGCAGGAAGCAGGACCUGCCCGACAACCCCAAGAGAUUCGACACCAACUCGCGGGUCUUGGCCUCCACCGGCUUCAAGUCGGGGCGGCACUACUGGGAGGUGGAGGUGGGCCCAUCGGAUGGUUGGGCUUCGGGGUGGCCAAGGAGUCGGUGAGGAGGAAAGGCCUGACUCAGUUUUCCCCAGAAGAAGGAAUUUGGGCCGUCCAACAGAACGGUGGGCGAUAUUGGGCCGUCACGUCGCCCCAGCGCACCCCGUUGUGCCUCAGCCAGAAGCUCAGCAAGGUCAGGGUCUACCUGGACUACGAAGGGGAGGAGGUGUCGUUCUACAACGCCGACAACAUGCAGCACAUCUUCACCUUCAACGUGGCCUUCCAGGAGAAGGUUUUCCCUCUCUUUUCCGUCUGCUCCACCGUUACCUACAUCAAACUGUGCCCCUGAGGCUUCUCCUGGUCUCCACUUGAGGUCCGUGGUCUCCACUUUAGGCCCAUGGGCUUCUCUUGAGGCCCAUGGUCUCCCCUUUAGGCCCAUGGGCUUCUCUUGAGGUCCAUGGUCUCCCCUUUAGGCCCAUGGGCUUCUCUUUAGGCCCAUGGUCUCCCCUUUAGGCCCAUGGGCUUCUCUUGAGGUCCAUGGGCUCCCCUUUAGGCCCAUGGGCUUCUCUUGAGGUCCAUGGUCUCCACUUUAGGCCCAUGGGCUUCUCUUAAGGUCCAUGGGCUCCACUUGAGGUCCCUUCUCUUGAGGUCCAUGGUCUCCCCUUUAGGCCCAUGGGCUUCUCUUGAGUUCCAUGGUCUCCCCUUUAGGCCCAUGGGCUUCUCUUGAGGUCCAUGGGCUCCCCUUUAGGCCCAUGGGCUUCUCUUGAGGUCCAUGGUCUCCACUUUAGGCCCAUGGGCUUCUCUUAAGGUCCAUGGGCUCCACUUGAGGUCCCUCUCUUGAGGUCCAUGGUCCUCCCCUUUAGGCCCAUGGGCUUCUCUUGAGUUCCAUGGUCUCCCCUUUAGGCCCAUGGGCUUCUCUUGAGGUCCAUGGUCUCCCCUUUAGGCCCAUGGGCUUCUCUUGAGGUCCAUGGUCUCCCCUUUAAGCCCAUGGGCUCCACUUGAGGUCCAUGGGCUCCACUUUAGGCCCAUGGGCUUCUCUUGAGGUCCAUGGGCUCCACUUGAGGUCCCUUCUCUUGAGGCCCAUGGUCUCCCCUUUAGGCCCAUGGGCUCCCCUUGAGGUCAAUGGUCUCCCCUUUAGGCCCAUGGGCUUCUCUUGAGGUCCAUGGUCUCCACUUUAGGCCCAUGGGCUUCUCUUAAGGUCCAUGGGCUCCACUUGAGGUCCCUUCUCUUGAGGCCCAUGGGCUCCACUUCAGGCCCACAGGCUUCUCUUGAGGUCAAUGGGCUCCCCUUUAGGCCCAUGGGCUUCUCUUGAGGUCCAUGGUCUCCCCUUUAGGUCCCUUCUCUUGAGGUCCAUGGUCUCCCCUUUAGGCCCAUGGGCUUCUCUUGAGGUCCAUGGGCUCCACUUGAGGUCCCUUCUCUUGAGGUCCAUGGGCUCCACUUGAGGUCCCUUCUCUUGAGGUCCAUGGUCUCCCCUUUAGGCCCAUGGGCUUCUCUUGAGGUCCAUGGUCUCCCCUUUAGGUCCCUUCUCUUUAGGUCCAUGGUCUCCACUUUAGGCCCAUGGGCUUCUCUUGAGGUCCAUGGUCUCCCCUUUAGGCCCAUGGGCUCCCCUUGAGGUCAAUGGUCUCCCCUUUAGGCCCAUGGGCUUCUCUUGAGGUCCAUGGUCUCCACUUUAGGCCCAUGGGCUUCUCUUGAGGUCCAUGGGCUCCACUUGAGGUCCCUUCUCUUUAGGUCCAUGGUCUCCACUUUAGGCCCAUGGGCUUCUCUUGAGGUCAAUGGUCUCCCCUUUAGGCCCAUGGGCUUCUCUUGAGGUCAAUGGGCUCCCCUUUAGGCCCAUGGGCUUCUCUUGAGGUCCAUGGGCUCCACUUGAGGUCCCUUCUCUUGAAGUCCAUGGUCUCCCCUUUAGGCCCAUGGGCUUCUCUUGAGGUCCAUGGUCUCCCCUUUAGGUCCCUUCUCUUGAGGUCCAUGGUCUCCCCUUUAGGCCCAUGGGCUUCUCUUGAGGUCCAUGGUCUCCCCUUUAGGUCCCUUCUCUUUAGGUCCAUGGUCUCCACUUUAGGCCCAUGGGCUUCUUUUGAGGUCCAUGGUCUCCACUUGAGGUCCAUGGUCUCCACUUGGACAAUGGUGAUGAGCCCUAGAGACUCAAAUCAGGACAAGGUGUGUGUGGGGCCUUCAGAUCAGCCUAAACCAGAACUAAACCAGAGAACACCUGUUGGAACCAUCAGCAAAGCCCAGGAGGUCGCCACCUUAAGCCCAGCUCAACCCAACCGUUGAGUGAGGAGGUUGGGGGCUCCAUGUCUGACCAUGGACGGGUGGGUUUAUCUUCUCCCGUGGGCCUAAGGAUCAAUAUUGGAGCUGGUUGGAGGUUUUGGGGCGUCGACGACUGACAAAUUGAAAUAUUUAGUGGGUAAGGUCCUUGAUCAAAUUGGGAAGUUCUUGAUCAAAUUGGGAAGUUCUUGACCAAAUCGAAUCAAAUUGGGAAGUUCUUGACCACAUUGAAUCAAAUCGGGAAGUUCUUGAUCAAAUCAGGAAGUUCUCGAUCAAAUUGAAUCAAAUCGAGAAGUUCUUGAUCAAAUCGGGAAGUUCUCAAUCAAAUUGGAUCAAAUCGGGAAGUUCUCAAUCAAAUUGAAUCAAAUCGAGAAGUUCUUGAUCAAAUCAAGAAGUUCUCGAUCAAAUUGGAUCAAAUCGAGACGUUCUCGAUCAAAUUGGAUCACAUCGGGAAGUUCUUGAUCAAAUUGGGAAGUUCUCGAUCAAAUUGGAUCAAAUCGAGAAGUUCUCGAUCAAAUUGGAUCAAAUCGAGAAGUUCUCGAUCAAAUUGGAUCACAUCGGGAAGUUCUUGAUCAAAUUGGGAAGUUCUCGAUCAAAUUGGAUCAAAUCGAGAAGUUCUCGAUCAAAUUGGAUCACAUCGGGAAGUUCUUGAUCAAAUUGGGAAGUUCUCGAUCAAAUUGGAUCACAUCGGGAAGUUCUUGAUCAAAUUGGGAAGUUCUCGAUCAAAUUGGAUCAAAUCGAGAAGUUCUUGAUCAAAUUGGGAAGUUCUCGAUCAAAUUGGAUCAAAUCGAGAAGUUCUCGAUCAAAUUGGAUCACAUCGGGAAGUUCUUGAUCAAAUUGGGAAGUUCUCGAUCAAAUUGGAUCAAAUUGAGACGUUCUCGAUCAAAUGGAAUCAAAUCAGGAAGUUUCGCUCCUCCUGAAAUGAAUUAUUUUCUUUUAAUUUAUUUUAAUUCAAUUUAAUUUGAGUUUGGCUUUAAAUCCACAUGAUUUAAAGCUACAGCAACUCUUCUAAAGGCCAAAUUGCCAGCAAAACGACCCAAUUCCUGUAGAAACUCUAUAAAUAAUUAGAAAUCCCUAAAAAAUGAAGAGCACGCGAUAUUUCUUAUAUCACAAUUUGAUGUUUUUCAUACGCGAGAAACGCCGUUUCCGCAACAAAAAACCGUCGUCGGAGAGGACCCGAAACCUCAAAAUAAAGCCCAAAAUAAAGCGUCGAAGGUGCCGCACGA